AUGCAGAAAACCAAAACAAACUGGCCGAGUGGAUGCGAAUCUGGCCAGCAAACGACGAAACGCCCGCCCAAACACACGCACCAAAGUGUGUUCCUAAAUGGAAACAGACAAAUCGUCGGCGUGCUGAGGGGCUACGACACCUUCAUGAAUUUGGUUCUGGACAACACGGUCGAGAUAAAGAAGGAGGAACAAAUUGACAUCGGAAUUGUCGUCAUCCGCGGCAACAGCAUUUCAUACUGGGAGUGCCUGGACAGGGUUGACAUUAAAUGA